GACGCAAUACAAACCACUAUUUCACCGUGAACACUGUUUCCUGGCGUCAGUUUCUUGUGCUUGUUAUAAGACGUUACCUUCUCCUCCACCUCCUCCAUGACCUCCACGAUGUCAGCGGGCAGGUCCUUCUUGUCCGGCACCGGAUGUAUAUGUCUGUCGGCCGCUUCACCGGAACCGGAAGAAGGAACGAAUGCGCGAACAACAUCCAUUCAUUGAGUGAAGAAACAUCGGACGAGCGCACUGUGACAACGGAGACCUUCAGAUAUGUUUUACCAUAUUUCUUUGGAGCAUGAAAUUUUAUUACAUCCGAGGUAUUUUGGUCCAAACUUGCUGAACACGGUGAAGCAGAAGCUGUUCACAGAAGUCGAAGGGACCUGCACCGGCAAGUAUGGUUUCGUUAUUGCAGUCACCACCAUUGACAACAUCGGGGCGGGUGUGAUCCAGCCGAGCCGGGGCUUCGUCCUGUAUCCAGUCAAGUACAAGGCUAUCGUCUUCCGCCCCUUUAAAGGGGAGGUGGUCGAUGCUGUGGUGACUCAGGUUAAUAAGGUCGGACUUUUCACAGAAAUUGGUCCCAUGUCCUGCUUUAUCUCUCGCCAUUCCAUCCCAUCUGAAAUGGAAUUCGACCCCAAUUCCAACCCUCCCUGUUACAAGACAGUCGAUGAGGACAUUGUCAUCCAGCAAGAUGAUGAGAUCCGACUAAAGAUUGUGGGAACCAGAGUGGACAAAAAUGACAUUUUUGCUAUUGGAUCUCUCAUGGAUGACUAUCUGGGUCUUGUGAGCUGAUUCUGCAGGGAGGAUAUGCAUUUUUAUAUGUGUGCUUUUAUUUUGCAGCUCACUUUUAUUUGUGUUUAUGACGUUAUGAUCAGAAAAAGUGAUAUUCGCCAUGGAUGGUUUUAUUUACAUGUGUUAAACUCCAAUAAACUUUUUUUUUUAACAGGGAUAUUUUGGUUGCUUGAAGAGCUUGU